AACCAAGACGGAGGACUGAAGAUGCUUCUUCUUCUCAGCUGCUGGAUUCUUUCAGGAAUCACGGCCGAGGAAUCAGCAGAGACACAUUACAGGAUGAGGAACAGCUCAAUAUGUCUGAACGUUACAAAGCCACCACCAUAUAACGGUGGUGAAUGGAACUUUGGUGAAAGUUUCAUUGCCUCUGUAGGAAAAAUGAAUCCCAGCUUUGAAAAUAAAGUGGAAUUCAAUGCCACGAAUCUGAAGUUGUGCAUCAAAGACCUGACUGACACGGACUCUGGAAUCUAUGAGGCCACAAUCCGCGAUGAUAACUACAAGCGGUCGAUUGAGAAAUACAGAGUCAUCGUUCAAGACAGCGUCCCCCGGCCGGUCCUCCUCGUGUCCGUCCUGCAGUCCAACGUGUCCUCAGGUCUCUGCAGCUUCGCCGUCAACUGCUCCGCCCGGGACACGUGGGCGUCGGCCGACUGCCACAGGGACGGCUGCACAGCGUCCCAGAGGUCACGCUCAGAGGUCAUCAGCAUCAACAUCUCCGUCGGCAACGGGACGGUCGUCUGCAGCGCCGAGAAUCACGUCAGCGCCAAGAACGGGUCUGAAAACAUGGCCGCAGCGUGCUUCGAUGAACCUGAUCCUGAACACACAGUGAAACCACUUCCUGUGUCUACUAUCCUCAUCCUGUGUGUGGUGUGUGCGUCUCUCGUUGCUCUCAUGGCUCUUCUGGCUUGGAAGGUUUCUUCAGGAUGGAAUCAGCAUCAGAGACAGACGCUGGUGGAGGAGCAGCCGCAGCCGGAGAGCAGAGUGUCCACCUCGUCCUCCGGUCCGUCCGAGGUCGCUUAUGAAAACGUGGACGCCACCCAGCCCGCCGAGGAGGGGGGGGCCACGCCCAGGCAGGAAGUGGAUACAGUCUACAGCGUCCUACAGGUGGCAGCAGAUGUGACUCCUCCUCCUGUGGAGACGUUUGGAGAGGCUCCACCCUCCCUGCCUGAGGGGGGGGCCGGGCCCUCGGAGGUCAACUCUGUGUACAGCGUGUUGCAAAAGCCCAACUCUGAAGUCACAGCGCCACCAACAGGUCACAUGAGACCAUCAGAGGAGCUGGAAGAUGAUGAACUGGGAAACACAACUUUGUACAAACACACUUCGACCUCACGGCUUCAAUAUCCUCACAGGUUAUUAAACAGAUGAAGGAUUUGAAAGGUUGAAAUCAUGUGAAGAAAAAUAUUUGCGUGAUUGAAAGUAGCUUUAGAUGCCUUGUUUAUAUAUUGUUUGUAAAUAAUAACAGUCUAACAGUUCUGUACUGUACCAGAGAUCCACUGCUUGUUUAACCUCCUUGUUAUAGAAUCACUGGAUUUAAUCUCAAUAAAAUAAAUAAAAAAAGACUUUUAGAGAUUUCUGUUACAACCCACAAGAUCUAAAAAUACAUCAAGAAAAAAGAUAUAAAGUACCAAUAUAUCAGAAUCAGAAUCAGAAGUAUUUUAUUGUACGUUCACACAUACAAGGAAUUUGCUCUGG